CGCCACAUCUUCCAAAUGGCUUCCAAAGGGCAUCAAUUUCCUCCUCAGCACCAACCAACCCAGCCAGGCAAAGAGUACAUCAUGGUCCCUAGACCUCAGUUUUCCACCUCUGAAUACAAACCCUCCAACAAGCUAGUCAACAAGGUGGCCCUUGUGACCGGCGGCGACUCCGGGAUCGGUCGAUCAGUGUGCUAUUGCUUUGCCCUUGAGGGGGCGACUGUGGCAUUCACAUAUGUGAAGGGGCAGGAGGAUAGGGAUGCUGCUGACACGCUUCAAAUCCUUCGGGAGUGUCGAACGGCGGAGGGCAAGGAGCCGGUGGCAAUGGCGGUGGCGGCCGACUUGGGGUUUGAUAAGGAAUGCAAGAGGGUGGUUGAGGAGGUGGUGGCAGCGUUCGGUCGGAUCGAUAUUUUGGUCAACGGCGCUGCCGAGCAGUACACCGGGACCGUGGAGGAGAUUGAUGAGAAGAGGCUUGAGAGAGUGUUUAGAACCAACAUAUUCUCUCAGUUCUUCAUGGUCAGGCAUGCGCUGAAGCACAUGAAGGAAGGCAGUGCAAUCAUCAACACAACUUCAGUGACUGCAUACAAAGGCCACCUUCAACUGUUGGACUAUGCUGCCACCAAAGGCGCCAUUGUUUCUUUCACUAGAGCUCUGGCUCUUCAGCUUGCAAGCAAAGGGAUUCGAGUCAACGGUGUCGCCCCCGGGCCGAUAUGGACGCCAUUGAUCCCGGCAUCAUUCGAUAAUGAAGAUAUCGAAAGCUUCGGGAGUGAUGUUCUGAUGAAACGAGCCGGUCAGCCGAUCGAGGUUGCUCCAUCGUACGUGUUCUUGGCUUGCAACCACUGUUCUUCAUACUUCACUGGCCAAAUCCUCCAUCCCAAUGGUGGUACAAUUGUGAACGGGUAAUGUGAUCAUGUCGGUGGAAUAAAGCUGGUGCAGUUCUAAAUAAUUAUAUAUGUGUAUGGUUUAUUUUACUUUUGGUGUGUCGAUGAUUGAAUAAGUGUAACGUCCCUAAUUUUCUUAUCUCAAUUAGAGACGUCACUAUAUGUAUGUCUUUA